AUGAAUUAUGAUGUGCCUCCUGUUGCUGCGCCUCCAUUUUCCAUGGCUUUUCUCCAGAAGGGAGAAAUUGGAGACAAGGAAAUGGGAAAUCAGUUUUUGAAUUUUCCAUUGGAGCAGAAUCUUGAAAAGUCUUGGUUUUUUCACCCAAUGGAAGACAGAAGGGAAAAUGAGUGGAAAAAUGAAGGGGAAAAUGGGAGGAAAAGUAGGGAAACAAAGUUAUGUACCAGAGGCCAUUGGAGACCACAUGAAGAUGCCAAACUAAAACAACUUGUUGCCCAAUUGGGACCUCAAAAUUGGAAUCUCAUUGCUGAUAAACUUGAAGGAAGAUCAGGAAAAAGUUGCAGAUUAAGAUGGUUUAACCAGUUGGAUCCAAGGAUUAACAAAAUAUCAUUCACAGAAGAGGAAGAGGAAACCCUUUUGUCUGCGCACAAAAUGUAUGGCAACAAAUGGGCUAUGAUAGCCAAAUUAUUCCCAGGCAGAACUGACAAUGCAGUGAAAAACCAUUGGCAUCAAUUUUGGUCAUGUCCAGCAGAUAAAUGUAUUGGAGCUCUUAUGAGAAGCAGUGUCAUACAGGGUAAUAAUCUGGAGUAUAGCAAAGGGCAUAUAACAAAUGGUGCAAAUGUGGAUCAAUCAGGUCACUCAGAUUCAAAUUCUGAAGUUUCUGCAUCAGAAUCAGUAGCCAAUAACAUGUCCAAUCUCUUCUUGUUUGAAGAAAAUGAGAAUGGAAAAUUUAACAAGAAAAACAUGGCAUUCAUUGAUUUUCUCGGCGUGGGAAGCCCAUAA